AUGUCACAUGACAUCAAAAAGACCACCGACAUCAAGGUCGAGGUGGCACUCGCGCGCGAUGUCGAGGUUAUCGAGAUGAGGGCCAUGAGCGCGCCGACGCACCAGGACGAGAACCCCACGACAUGGGCCAUCUCGGCCAAGAAAGCGGCCGAGGAUAGCAAGGAGCCCAGCGACUGGAUCGACGGCUUCCGACGGGCUGAUCGCAGGAAGAUCAAGGGCUUGAACAAGCAGUACCUGGCCGAGCCGAAUCCCAAUGCCGGGGGAGAUCGAUACUUUGAUCUCCAGGCCGCCAACGCAAAGACUGCGACGUCAGCACUUGCACGGGAGUUGAAGGGAAGACAUUUGCAGAUGAUUGCUUUUGGUGGUGCAAUUGGUACUGGACUCUUUGUUACGUCUGGCAGUGCUCUCCAUGAGGGCGGCCCUGGAAGUGUCCUCAUAUCGUAUAUCGUCAUCGGCGCACUGCAAUAUUGUACCAUGCAGUCGCUGGCCGAGUUAGCUGUCAUCUUCCCCAUCGCUGGUUCAUUCUCCGCCUUUUCGACACGAUUCUUGGAUCCCUCGUGGGGAUUUGCUAUGGGAUGGAAUUACUGCCUCCAAUGGCUGUUCACUUUGCCUCUAGAGAUUAUUGCCGGUGCUUUCACUAUUACUUACUGGAACCCAGAUAUCUCCAAAUCCGUCUUUGUAGCCAUUUUCCUCGCAGCCAUCUUCAUUAUUAAUCUGUUCGGCGUCAAGGCCUACGGUGAAGCUGAAUUUGUCUUCUCCAUCAUCAAGGUCACUGCUAUUGUAGCCUUUAUUCUCUUGGGUAUCGUCAUCAACAUCGGCGGUGAGCCCACAAGUGGCUACAUCGGAGGACGCUAUUGGAUGGACCCGGGCUUCUUCAACAACGGUUUCAAAGGCUUUUGUUCAGUCCUCGUCACAUCAUGCUUCUCCUUCACCGGCACUGAACUCAUCGGCCUUGCAGCAGCCGAGACAGCUAACCCCCGGAAGUCGCUCCCCAGCGCCAUCAAGCAGGUCUUUUGGCGCAUCACACUAUUCUACAUCGUGUCUUUGAUGCUCGUCAGUCUGCUCGUUCCCCACGACGACCCUAGAAUCCUGGAUGCCAGCUCUUCCAACUCUUCAGCCUCACCCUUCGUUAUUGCUAUCGAGACGGCCGGAACGACUGUUCUUCCUAGUAUCAUGAACGCAGUCAUUCUCAUCGCUGUCAUCAGCGUCGGCAACUCGUCUGUUUACGGUUCAUCGCGAACACUCGCCGCUCUCGCCGAUCAAUCUAUGGCUCCCGCUAUCUUCUCAUACGUCGAUAAGCAGGGUCGACCUUUGGCUGCUAUCAUCUUUGCUUCUUGCAUUGGCUUGUUAGCCUUCAUCGCAGACUUGAAAGCUCAUGAUGUGGUGUUUAACUGGUUGCUGUCUAUCAGCUCCCUUGCAACACUCUUUACCUGGGGCAGUAUCUGCCUCACACAUAUCCGCUUCCGAGACGCUUGGGCACACGCAUCACAUACCCUCGAACAGUUACCGUUCAGAUCACGACCCGGCACAAUCGGCUCAUGGUUCGCUCUCAGUGGUUACUGCCUCAUCCUUCUGAGUCAAGUGUGGACAGCUGUGUCACCUGUCGAGUCCCAGAAGAACGCGUCGACAGGAGAUAUCGUGCAGAACGUCUUCCUUCGACUGAUGGCGGUGCCAAUUGUCUUGGUCAUGUACCUUGGCCACAAGCUUUGGUACCGAACAAAUUUUGUGGCUCUGGAUGAUAUAGAUAUCCAGACUGGACGACGGUACUACCGUGUGCAUAUGAUGAGUGAUCAGGAUAGGGAGACACGCGGGGCGUGGCCGUUUUGGAAGAAGGCUUACCGCUAUUUGUGUUGA